UUAUGAUCUAUUAAAUUAAUUAUAUCUUUUGUAUUCUUAUUAAAUGAAAAUGGUAUGUAAAGUAUUUUUCAUAAUAAUUAAAAAUGAAAAAGUAAAUGAAUCGAUGCAAUGUACAAAUGAUUCAUUUGUAGAUUUUAUAACAUUAACAUUGGAACAGAUGGAAAACUUCACAUACUUGGUGAGUAUCAUUGAUGAAAUACGAGGAUCUGAUGCACAUGUGAAGGUAAGUAUUGGUAAAGUGAGUACAGCAUUCCUACAAUUGAAGAACAUAUGGAAUACAAAACAACUGUCUGUCGACCAACAUUACAGUCAGAAUCUUCAAUACGAAAAUCAAGACAGUUCUACUGUACGCAGCUGAAACGUGAAUAACUACUACAAAUAUCAUCAAAAAUUUACAAGUAUUUAUCAACAAUUUGUUAGGAUAUUCAGGAAAAUAUCCCAAAAAUUAUUCUGUUAAGUCUAACGCUAUCAUUGGACUUGAGAUGGUAUCAUUUUUCCUACUUCUCAAUACUUAUUUCACGUGUCAUUUUCCUGUUGGCCAAAUAUUGUACAAAUGUUAUUUUCUAUUUUAUGGUACGAUGUG